AUUUUCCUGUCCUCACCAUCCCAUGGCAUUGUGAGGAGUUGGGGUGUUGAACACAGGCUAAAAUUAGUCUAUUGAUGUAAGCCAGCAUUCCAACCCUCAACAGACACAUGCACCCACCCACAGCCCCCUGUUCCACAGUGGGUUGAGUGUAGAGAGGGGGAGAAAGGAGACUUGGUCUGGAUCAAACUGCCCAGGGUGACCCUUUACCUUCCCUCAGAACUUCCAGGUGCAAGCCAAGACACAACUCCACAGCACCUCUCUACACAUUCAAACCCAUUAGGAAAAGGCACCAUGUCACGAUUCAGCACGCUUUCAGCCCGCGAGAGGAAGAUGCAGGCGGCGGCCAUUUGCCGCGAAGUCCAUGGUGGUGCUAAUGGUGACACAAUGGACCUCGGCAAAAAGCUCUCGACCCCAAAAGACAUCAUGCUGGAGGAGCUGUCUCUCCUCUCGAACCGAGGCUCCCGCCUAUUCAAGAUGCGUCAGCGCCGUUCAGAGAAAUACACCUUUGAAAGUAUUCAGAAUGAAGCCAAUGUACUUCUGAACAGUGAAGUUCAAACUAAUGCUGAAAAUGCAGAAAAUAAAUCUAAAACACCUCCAAGCACGCUUGACACCAGCAAUGCAGCCAACCCUGAGGAGAUUGCACCAGGUUAUGGUGGCCCUCUAAAGAACGUCCCACCUGAGAGAUUCAAUGCCACAGCUCUCCCCAAGUCCUACCACUCACCCUGGGAGGAGGCCAUCAUCAAUGACCCCGCGCUGGCCGAUACGCUCAAGCUCAAGAUGCCUGUGCUUGAACCCAGAGCAGAGAUGCCUGAUUACAAGAGCUUCAACAGGGUGGCCACACCAUACGGAGGCUUUGAGAAAGCCCCACGGGGAAUCACCUUCAAGAUCCCAGAGAUAGACCUGAACCCCCCAAGAUACCCCGAACUUCAAGACCCUGCGGCCAAGCGGCCCACCUUCAACCGGACCGCACAGGGCUGGAUCUCUGAUGGUGUGCCCAUCAUCCUCCCCACUGUCCCACUGGAGCCCCCCGAGAUCCCUGAAUCUGAUGACCUGUAAUUGCAACAUGGCAGCCGUAUUGUGGUAGAGGGUCUGAGCAGGGGUUGGCCCCCCAGCUGCUGCUCCAAAACCAGUUCUAUUUCCUAAUAUUGAGUAUGGGACUGAGGGAAACUGGUUUUGGAACAGUGCCAUGGGCAACCUCUACAUAGAGCAGUCUGGAGUGGGUGCCUCAUUGCUUCAAGGGCUGAUUGGUUUAACAUGAAUUGACUGCAAGAAAGUGUCAAAUCUAUCGGCAAUGUAAGUAUUGAAAGUUAGCAACGUUACUUAAUACUACUCAAUUACUACAAACUAUCACAUUGCAUUAACAGCAGCAAGUGAUAACUGAACAGGACAUUAAUAUAACAUCGCUGUCAUAUCAAAAACAUGGAACUCUCACUGUGUGAAAAUUACACGAGGAAUGGACCAGUAGAAAUGGUUCAGAAUAAAAUCUUGUUACAUUAAUGUACAUUAAAGGUAAGAUUGUUUUUUCCUCCUACUAUUGUUACCAUUUUGUCACUAGUGAUGCGUAUUUAAAUCAUAAUAAAUGUAACAAAUAUGACAGUGACAAUAUAAUAAACAUAAUAAAUAUA